AUAUUUCUGUCUAUAACCAAAAGAAAGAGGAAAUGGUGUAGAAGUCAUUGUUUAUAGUGCAUGAAACUGCGAGCGUGGAAAAAGUGCGCGAAUGCGGGGCGCGCGAAAACCGAGGCCGAAACGCGGGUUAUUUGGAGUUUCCGUUUACGCGCACUUGCAUGCGACGACACAAGCUUACGUGUGUGUGUGGGAUUACACAGUAAUUUGGCUAACACAGAAUGGCAGGAUCAAUAGGUCACUUCGGUUUCGGUGCAUGUAUUGAGCCUAUAGCGUACGAUGAAGAUUCAGAUGUGCACAACGCAAGUAAUGAUGAGGAUGAGACUUUCGGACGCUUGGUGCGACGUCUCAACAACAUCGUGUGCCGAUCGGAAGUGCACUCCACGGGAAAGGCGGAGACGCGGUUUGAUCCCACAGAGGAGAUCCACGAGUACAAAGACUUGAUGGAUCUGCUUACAGGAGACGCCACACUGAUGCCUGCAGACAGCAACAUUCUGUCUCUAGCCUGUGCUGUAUUGCACAAUGCUUCAAAAUGCACUCGCCUGGGACUACCUGUUCUUUUAUCACAUCACAGAGUACUACUUGAAAAAGUGCGCGGCAUGCGGUCGGGUCCGGGCUGGCUGGCGGCCGAUCUGGGCCGGGUGCGCUGUUCACUGGCACAGCGGCUGCUGGCCGAAGGGGACCCGCGCGGCUGUCAGCGGAUGCUGGCGCCCCUGAUGCGCUGGCUGCAUCGCCCGGGGAGCCGGGGCCUCGACUGGGCUGGUGGUCGGCUCCGGUGGCUGCGCGCGGGUGACCACGCCUCUCUGCGCUCGCUGGCCUACCUGCUGGCGGCGCAGGCCGACUACGCGCUCAAGGGCACCUGCUGCCCCGCUCUGCUCGACCAGGUGCGCUGCCCAGCGCUCGGGCCGAGGCUCGCGCACUUCCGAGCCUUGGCCGGUGCCGACGAGAGGCAGCUGUGGACCGCCCUGCAACGCUGGCCGAGGGAAGCCCCGCUGUGGACUCUGGCAGGCUGCCGGUUGGCCGCCGAGGGACGCUGGCGCUCGGCAUUGCAGCUGUUGAUGCGCGCCGUGCGGCUCGAAGAGUCCGCCGAUGCAUCACGCGCGGAACAGGGCGAAGAGCGGGGCCUGGCCCUCUGGAACCUGGCAGCCUGCCUGGGCGCCCUGGGACUGCGGGAGGCCCAGGGCCGCGUUCUGGGCCGCCUGGCCUCGCGCUGCGACGGCCCCGGCAAGGACUCUCAGCUGGCUCUGGCUGCGGCCAGGGCUUUGGACAGGCUCGGCAUGCACGCGGAAGCGGCCAGGGCCUACGGCGUCCUGGUUCAGGCUGGUCUCCAUCGGCAGCAGCCGGCGCUGCGCGUGGACUGGGCCCUGAGUCUGCUGCGCGCGGGACGGCCGCGAGCUUCGCUACAAGCGUGCGGCGGAGCCAUGGAAGACAGUGCGCCCCAGGAAGAGGGCGACCCUCGUCUCGCCUUUUGCAGGGGAUCGGCGAUGGCGGCGCUAGGGGACAGCGAGGUCGCGCUCGAGGAGUUCCGAAAGGGCCUUGUUAUGGCUGCUGCAGCUGGUGAGGAGGGCGGCGGUGGCGACUGGAUGCGCUCCCAGCUGCUGGUGAACAUCGCGGUGCUCCGGGCGCCCCGAGAAGAGGAAGCCUCGCGGAGGCAGCUGUCGCGGGCUCUGGCAAUCUGUCCCGAUAACGUUGACGCGGCGUACAACUUAAGCCUCCUGCUGCUCGCCUCCGGAAAGACUGAGGCUGCCCGUAGGAUAUGGCGUCAGCACGGCUUGCGGGGAGAAGACGACGGCCCUAUCAGCAGCAGCGUGGGCGCUGCGCAGGCUGCGUGGCUCGAGGCCCGGCUUUCUCAAUGAAAAGCAAGAGACUGCGGUGCUGUACGAAAAUCAACAGAGCUCGGUGAUGUCAUGGUGCCUGCGGUUGCCAAGUGCCAAAUACUUGUCAGUGGUACUGGGCUGUUCGGACCGUUUCAACUCCAAUGUGGUACUCGUCAUCGUAUUCGGUGACCACGCGAUGUAUUUUUUUUUCAGUGUUCACAUUACUAUUAUGAGGAAUAAACUAACCGGUUUGACAUGUAUA